UCCCUCAAUGGUUCCGGAUGCGCCUCGCGCCCUCCCGACCUGACCCAUACUAUCGACUCGUCCGAUCUGACCUGCCCCCCGUUUCAGUAUAUGUGUCAAUUGCCUCCCUUUCCCUCUCGUCAGUGUCCUCCGACUCCCCAGCAAGGGCCUCUCCGACCCAAAUAGUCUGUCUCCCCGACUACAAUCGGUCCGUCGCCCGCUCCUGCGUGACGCCACGCCUCGUCCACCCGGGCCCCUGCCCUGCCUCCCAUCCACCACCACACCAUGAAUCGAUUUCGCAAGUCGCGAAAGGAGAAGGCCAAGGAGGAUGUGCCGGCGAUGCCGGCCGAGGCCGUGCCCGCCACCCGGACGCCCAAAACCCCCAAAAAGCCCAAGAAGCCCGACCCGGAACCGCCCAUGCCGCCGCUCGAUUUCUCCACGGCCCUGCCCUCCAACGACGAUUUCCGCACCAGUCUACUCAUGCCCAAACUUUCCGCCAGAUUCAGCAUGCUGCGCGAGCAGGACGACCCGGGUUCCAUGAUCGGCAAGGCUAGCGACGAUAGUGUCCUCUUCCCCAAGCGCGCGUCGCGCCUCAACCUCUUCGGCCACAACCCCAAUUUGCUGGCAGAUAUCGACGAAGUCUCCAACGAUGGCAGCCGCCCCUCCUUUUCCGUGAGUCGCGCCGCCUCCGUCAUGUCCGGCGUCGAUGGCGACGGCACCGACGACGAUCGCUCCCAGAAGGAGAGCAUCAUGAGUCGCGCCCGUCGCGUCGAAGGGAACAACCUGUUCGGGGGCCGCCAGAAGGUCUACAAGAUUCCCACCAAGGUGCCUCCCGCCGACGCCCCCGCCGAAGGGCCCUCCGCCAUGGGCGGACGGGCCGUCUACGACCACGACGUCGGCCUCUCGGCCUUUCAGCGCCAGCGCCUGAGGGAGAAGGAGGACCGCGCCGCCGACGACGCCCAACACGAGGCCCAGAGCCCCGUCGCGGAGAGCACCGCCUCGCGCAUGUCGUCCGCCAACCGCACCACCUACUCUUCGACCGCCUCCGGUCCGACCGCUAACGGCCGUACCUCCACCGCGGCCACCUCCAUCGACGAAGAAGCGCCCUUCGCGGGUCCGCCGCCCGGCGACGCCCCCGCACCCCCCAAAUCGUCUCAGCCCGGGUGGGGUCCCGAGCGGGGCUCCGUCAAGUCGCGACGGCUCUACGGCCCCGGCCUGACCCAACACCAACAGAAUUCCGCCCUGAGCCGCCUCGAGAGCCUCAGUCGUCAGCGCGCCGGCACCCCCGAGUUGGCCCCCCUCAAGCGGUCCUAUUCCCGGAGCGCCACCAAUCUGCGCGACCGAUUGCAGCGUCUAGGCGUCGCCGACCAGACCGUCCAGGCCUCCCGCCGCGCGAGUCCCCCGGCGUUUCCGGCGUCGGCCGCCUCCAAGGACCCCGGGCCCGCCCCGCAGACGGACGCGCCAUCCCCCGCGGGGCUCCGUCCCGCCGCGCCACCGCGGAGUCCGGCCCCGAGCGACCCGGACGACGCGUCGUCGCUGUCGUCUGCCGUGCAUCCUGAGGAUCGCGGGAAAGCCACCGCUCUGGGCAUGUUUAAUAAGCCGGCCACCGAGUUCGAUGAGACUCAGUUCACGCGGCGCCAGCUGCAGAUGCACCAGGGUCGGAGCACGCCCCCCGCGCGACGCCCGUCGCCGCCGCCUUCCGGACGCGCCACACCCCCGCGCCACACAGCGCGGGCCCGCGGGGCCUCCCAGUCGAGCAGCCGUCGAUCCCGCUCCGGGUCGCUCGCCUCGUCACACUACAGCGACGCCUGGCGACCGGGCAGCCGCUCGGCGGCCACGAGCGGCCGGGCCUCUCCGGCGCACUAUGCCCAGGGCACGUUCCUGGCCAAUUUCAGCCCGAGUGAGUCGGAGGACGAGGAGGCGACUCACUCCCACGCGCGCGGCGUGUCCGACGCUAGCGCCCCGGACGGCCCCCCGGCCGAGGACCCCCACCCGCUCCCAGAGGUCCGCUUCUCGGAUCUGGGGGAUCUGAAACCGAUCGCCGAACCGGGCCCGGUCGUGGGGAGUGCCGCGGACGAGCCGUCCGCCCAGCAGGAGCCGGACAAGCCCGACUCCCCCACGUUGGGGCCGUCGGGGCUGGGUCUCAGCGGGUUGGUGCGCACCCAUCUGCGCCGCGGGAGUGAUCGGUCGUCCGUCUUCUUUCCGCCGGCCGCGGGCGAUCCCCCCAGCCACCCACCCCCUGUGCCCCCGCCCGUCGCCGCCGAUCACUGGGCCCGAAAGUCCUCCAUGGACUCUCGGGACUCGGCCGGCGACCUGGCCUGGGGCGAGGAGAUGAUCGCCCGUCACCAGCGCGACGGCAGCACCGCCACGCAGCGGGAACGCGACGAGUUUGAGCGGGAGCUGGCCGAGCGGCGUCGGCGGGUCCAGGAGAAGCUGAAGGGCAUCGCUGAGGCCGACAGCCGAGCGGGCAGUCCGGUCUCCGGCCGGCAGACGCCGGAUCACGGGGCCGUCCGGCCUGGGAACGCCUUCUCCAUGCUGAAGAACCGCACCACCAAGGGCAAUCUGUUCCACCGGCCGGAGUCGAAGGCCGGCGGCCGCGUGAUGGGGUCUCACAACACCUCCGCCACGUCUCUGACCCAGGACGGUUACUGGCACGACGAGGAGGACCGGAUGCCCAUGGACUGGGGAAGACAGCAACAACAACAACAACAACAACAACAACAACAACAACAACAACAACAACAACACUCCCGGUCGAGCUCGCCCCACGUCCCCGCCGACAGGUCAGUCCGGUCGCGCAUGACCGCCCACGGACGGAACAGCCAGGAGGAUCUUGUCGAGUCGCGGGGCGGCAGCCGCGGCGCGUCGCCCCACUCGAGCUUCCGCUCCCGCCGGAACCGCUCGGGCUCGGACACCUCGCGGCGCUCCAAGAGCCGUCCGCCCCGUGACCGGGACGACUUGGACACCGUGGAAGAGGUCACGAUCGCCCUGGAUGGAUACUUCCCGCGCUAUCAGGGCUCCGUGCCCCCGUCCACGCGCCCGUCCGCCGAGCUGGAACCUCUCGUGUAUGAGCGACCCCCCUCCGCCGCGUCGGGAUGGACCCGCGGCGACAGCCGCUCCGCCACGCCUAGUAUUCCUGAUCGGCCUCCCCUAGCCGGCGCAGCGGUGAUCGGGGCGCCUUCGCGCCCACCCCCGCUCGCACCCUACUCCGCCAACGCCACCCCGCCGCUAUACGAGCUGCCGCCCGAGCCCACGCCAUCCUCCUCCACCUCCGCCUCAUCGACAGCCGGUUCCUCACGAUCCAGGUCCCAGGCCGGUCUCCAAAAGCGAACGAUCAACAAGAUGCAGAUCUCCGAGCCAACAUUCGUCUCCUCCACAUCCAACGUCCCACUCCGCGGCCUCCCCCCAGGCGCCAGCCUCACCAACGGCGCAGCAGGGACGCCCCCCAUCCCGCCCAUGAACCCGCGGCGCCGCCGGCAAACGACCACGCAGACGCUAUUGGGCGCGCUCAAGGGGGACCGGCACGACUCGCAGUACAGCACCUCGACGGCCAGCUCCCUCGGCGAAGAGCAGAGCAACUUCUCCGACGAGGGCGAAAAGCGGCCCCGGCCCCGCCACCGGCUGCGCAAGAUCUCCAGCGAGGGAGGGCAUUUGAACGCUCGCGCCAGACAACAGGUCAUGGCGGCUGGAUCCGGGGCGCCGCCUCCGCCGAAACUUCCUGCUGAGGGUGGGAUGUUCUAACGUCGUCUCCUUGAACUUUAUCAUAUAUAUUCCGCUUUAUAAUGUCUACAUGAGCCAGUUUUGGCUCACUCGGCGAACUCAUUCUUUGACAUUUGACUUCCUUGCAUAUUUACAUCGAUACCUCUCUUUAU